UAAAACAGACAGGCAUAUAAGAAGAAAUUGAAGGAACAUCUUGGUAAACCACACGAUUCCUGGGAGUGUGAAGAACACGCCGAAUAAUUAUGUCUUUGUCUUUCAAAUGAGACGAAUGUAAUAACUGGCUCCCCGUCAGGAAAUUCAAUUUACGAACACCAGUGGGAAGUGUGUAUAUAAACAGACAAUCUGUCGAGCUGUCCUUGAGGAGUGACACAAUUUGGUCCGCGAACGUGACGUACUCCUUCGUUUUGUAAACAGGAGAGAACAGAUAAAGCAAACGAAUGAAUGAACACACUGUUUCCAAAGCAUUUGUCAGAAAGCUGCUCAUCUAAUCAAUCAACUAAAGAGAAAGAGGUUUUCAGUGAUAGUUUCAUUUCGCCUUGGCGAUCGUUCAAAGGUAUUUGGUCAGGGCGUAUAGACCAAGGAACACAACGUGACGGACUGGAGGAAACGUUUGAAAAAGUUCCGUGUUGGAACACGUAAUUAUUCAACUGAAUCUCCAACAUCUUCGAACUGUGGUCAGCUCUGUCAGCCAAAAAAAAUCUACGGUGGAAUAAAAAAUCAAGCUCAGAUUCGAGCUCUAUUGAAAAACAAACAAACAAAUAAAAAAAAAACGAAGAAAUCAGGCAACACGACUUAUUCGCAAGCAGCGAAGAACAGAACAUUUGAAUGGCCGCAAAUGAAAGUCUAUCGGUGAACUUUAACAAUCUGAGGGAUUUGUACAUGAAGUUUGAGCUCGCAGAGGGAAUUUGCCUUCCAGUUCUGUCUGUUUUAACGGUUUCCACCAACAUUUUACUCUUGAUAGCGAUAUGGAAAGACCCGGGGAAAAACUUUAGAUCACCAACAACUUACUUCUUGAUAGGUCUUGCUAUUGCAGACCUCUUAACUGGCAUGUCGACCGAACCAUUUUUCGCCGUUUAUCACAUCAUGAAUUUCCAGAGUGGAGGCAAGCCUAUUCCCAGAGUGGUUGCUAAACUCUACAACAUAGGACAGUCAAUAUCAACUGUAACUAUAAGCUCCUCGUAUUUAAUAAUCCUGGGUCUGUCGAUAUCGCAAUACAUUGCCAUUAAGUGGCCACACAAGUACAAAGUUUUAAUCACGCGAAAUCGCGUCAUCGUAAGUGUUCUAUUAAGCUGGUUGUACUUCAUUUUUUUCACGCUAGUCCCGUCUUUAACACCAAACAUUGAUUACCAAUUGUUCCUGAAGGUAGAUCUGGCCUUGCAUCCUGUAUUGAUUUCCACCAUUUUAUUCACAACGUUAAUUUUAUUAUACAGAGUUUUCUCGCAGGAAGUUCAGCGGAGGCGAUCAUACAGAAAGUCAGAUAGUCAGAAAGGAACUGUCAGGGGCAAAUCGGAAAAUCUUCAACGGCAGUUUGUAAUAGUCACGUUUUAUUUGGCAGCAAUUCUUUUGAUUUCAGCUUUACCUCAUAUCGCUAUUCAAUUUGUCUGGCUGUACGUAGCUCUAUCUGAGGAAGGAUUAUAUUACACCUUCAUGGCUUUACGGGUUCGAGAUUUGUUGCUCUUUCUCAAAGUGGCGCUUGAUGCCUUCAUAUACGCGUGGCGAUUGCCUUCUUAUCGUAAAGCCUUAAAAAGGUCGAUAAAUCAUUCAAGGCGUGAUAGUAAAUCUUCUGUUGAAGUAAAAGGGUGAGUUGAGCAGAAAUGAAAUUUUUUCGUCAUAUUGUGAAAAAAAAUUAAUAAAAAUGAAAGUGAAAUAUGACAGAAGCAGAAAUUAUUCAGGCUUUUAGGGAGCAGUUGUUGCUUUUUUUUAAAGGGGCCUGUGUAAACAAAUUCACCUGGAGAACGGCCUUUUUAGAGAAACAUUAAAAGGAAGUAAACGAGAUGAAUUUUAUUUUUUAACUGAAAAAUUUCGAUUCGAAAUUUAUCGGGCUAAUACUGGAUAAGUCACGAAAGAUUGUAGCUCGUUUGGGAGGCGUUUAGAGCAAUUAAGUUUGUAUGAAUUUUAUGUCAUAGCGAUUCUUAAUAAAUAAUUCAGUAACAAAAUAGGAAAUAAAUUAUUAUCAGAAA